CACAUUUUUACUUCCAGAUCGCACAUUCACGAACAUACGCAUCAAAGAUGGCCGUUUCCGACCAGCAGCUCGUCUACGUCGUCACCGGGGCCUCACGCGGCAUUGGCUUGGAGUAUGUCUCCCAGCUUUUGCAACGAGGCCACAAGGUCAUCGCCGCAGCUCGGAAUCCACAGAAGGCCAAAGGCCUCACUUCGCUGGCAGCCAAGUAUGGCGAUGCACUGACUCUGGUUACCCUGGACGUGGCAGACUCAGCCACUAUCAAGGCUGCAGUCGCCUCCGUCAGCGAUUCUCACCCUGGCGGUGUGGACGUCCUGAUCAACAAUGCUGGCAUUUCAGGCACCAUCGUCAAGUCAUCAGAGCAGACUGAAGAGGAGUUCAGGGAUAUUCUGAUGAUCAACACCCUCGGCCCCUUCCUUGUCACCCAGGCUUUCCUGCCCCUCAUCAGGAAGGGCUCAAAGAAGCAGAUCGUGAAUAUCUCCUCGACGCUGGGAUCCAUCGGUGAAGAGGCCAAGAUGCUGGGUCCCGAGGCCAAUGAGCAGCUCCUGGUGAUGGCCAGCAACCAAGUGGGCUACCGCGCCAGCAAGGCAGCCCUCAACGCAGUGAGCGUGGCGCUGGCAGUGGAGCUGAAGAAGGAAGGCAUCACAGUCACCUCGCAGUGCCCCGGAUGGGUGGACACAGACAUGGGUUCGAGUGCAUCUGACACCCUGGGAAUUGACAGGCCGCCCCUGGACACACCCACAAGCGUGGCAGCCCAGCUGAAGGUCAUUGAUGGGCUCACUCUGGAGAAGAGUGGCACCUUCUUCAACCAUGAGGGUCUGGUGGUCCUGUAUUGAGUUACGAUUACUCAGACAGGGCUCUCAAUUUUGAAACUCUACUGUUUGGAUGGCACAGGCCAAUCCUCUGAAUAUUAAUGGGUGGAGUCAGGAAUUGGCCAGUAACUGGCCCAUGGGUUGUGAGCCACUUGCAUGGUGCUGGGGAGACAGGACAGAUGCAAUCAGACAUAUAUGUGUACAGUAUUGUCUCGAAAAAGCGUGUAAUAAUAAUAACAAUAAUUGUCUC